AUAUAUUUUAUUUCCUAAUUUUCAAAUCUCAAUCUCACCUAAAUCCCUAAUAAAUAGCUAAUUCUAUCUAAUUGGCUACUUCUCUCGGCUCACUAUCUUCAAGAAGCCAAAAAAAUCCUGAACUCCCAAUGUCCAACCCUGCCACUCAUCUCAGUGAUCUCAUGACCUUUCCUGUUCUUCCUCUAAUAUUUUCAAAAACUCUAACUCUUCCAACUCUCCUCAGAUUCUCCAACUUGCAACCUCCAUAGUCCAUACAGCAUUUCAACCUCCGACUCGGCAACUCCACCAUUUCUCAAAUCUUACCGUCACUCGCAUCGACUCCAACCUCUUCUUCCUUUCUCCUUCGAGUCUGACAAGUUACAAUACUCUCUUCGACACUAAAUUCUCUCUAAAGCCUUCGAGGUAACCAUGGGUGGUUUUUGGUGGCAUGUUCUUGUUUUACACGGUUGUUUUCUUCUCUUUACUUCCUCAAUUCUACUUUUUCUAUUUUAAUUUUUGCAUGCUUUGGUGGCCAUAGAUGAAAAGGAAGAGAAGCAAUGGAGAUGGUCAAUUUGAAAAGCUAUCUGCAAUUGCACAACUAGAAUCAAAAUCAGACUCAGACCCUUUCAUUGUGGAUGUUGAUAAAGGCAACGAUAAGGAAUAUGCAAGCAAUGUUGGCUCUUGCUUUGUACUUGGGAAAGAGGUCGAGGUUGAGGUGCAAGCAAAAUCUAAGGCCCGAGGCCUAUUGCAUGGGCUUCUACCUCUACUGUUUGGGAACAUUUCAUCCUUAUGCCUGCUUCAAAGAAUAAGGAUGGAGUGAGAAAAGUUUUUGGUAUCUUUUUCUGCUAAUUUUUUCUGCAAUUUUGGUGGUAUAAAAUUAUAUUUCUACCAUUUUAUGGUUUGGUGGCUGGUUUUGGUGAUUGCUACUCAUUGUCUCCUGCAUUUUUGUUGCCAUGUUUCUGCAUGUUUCUGCAGUUUUUGGUACAUAUUUUUGCGCGCUCAUUUUUGCUACCAUUUUUGCGAUAUAAAACUAUAUUUCUGCUAUUUUCUAGUUUGGUGGCUGAUUUUAAUAACUAUUGCUCAUUGUU